AUGGGUCUGGUCAGCACCCAGAGGGACUCGAUGGGUCUGGUCAGCACCCAGAGGGGCCUCGAUGGGUCUGGUCAGCACCCAGAGGGGCCUCGAUGGGUCUGUUCAGCACCCAGAGGGGCCUCGAUGGCUCUGGUCAGCACCCAGAGGGACUCGAUAGGUCUGGUCAGCACCCAGAGGGGCCUCGAUGGGUCUGGUCAGCACCCAGAGGGGCCUCGAUGGGUCUGGUCAGCACCCAGAGGGGACUCGAUGGGUCUGUUCAGCACCCAGAGGGCCUCGAUGGGUCUGGUCAGCACCCAGAGGGGCCUCGAUGGCUCUGGUCAGCACCCAGAGGGACUCGAUGGGUCUGGUCAGCACCCAGAGGGACUCGAUGGGUCUGGUCAGCACCCAGAGGGACUCGAUGGGUCUGGUCAGCACCCAGGGGGACUCGAUGGGUCUGGUCAGCACCCAGAGGGACUCGAUGGGUCUGGUCAGCACCCAGAGGAACUCGAUGGGUCUGGUCAGCACCCAGAGGGACUCGAUGGGUCUGGUCAGCACCCAGAGGGACUCGAUGGGUCUGGUCAGCACCCAGGGGGACUCGAUGGGUCUGGUCAGCACCCAGAGGGACUCGAUGGGUCUGGUCAGCACCCAGAGGGACUCGAUGGGUCUGGUCAGCACCCAGAGGGACUCGAUGGGUCUGGUCAGCACCCAGAGGGACUCGAUGGGUCUGGUCAGCACCCAGAGGGACUCGAUGGGCUUGAAUACCCUCAGUAA